CUCGGAGAACCACUGGUAACACCGCCAAAUUCAUAGGGUAGUCUGCACAAAAAAACAAAAUGGAUAAACCCUCCGCAGGAAUGAGUAAAGUUGGCUCUCGCUCCACAGCCUCUCUGCCCCCGGAGCCUGUGGAUAUAAUCCGGAGUAUGUCGUGCUACCGGCGUGUCAAACUGAACGUAGGGGGUCUGCCGCACGAGGUCCUGUGGAGAACCCUGGACCGACUGCCGCGCACGCGUUUGGGCAAGUUACGAGACUGCAAAACCCACGAAUCACUCGUGGACAUAUGCGACGACUACAACCUAGAGGACAACGAGUACUUUUUUGACCGGCACCCCGGGGCGUUCACGUCUAUUCUGAACUUCUACCGCACAGGGAAGUUGCACAUGAUGGAGGAAAUGUGCGCCCUGUCCUUCAGCCAGGAGCUGGACUACUGGGGGGUGGAUGAGAUCUACCUGGAGUCGUGUUGCCAGGCACGGUACCAUCAAAAGAAAGAGCAGAUGAACGAGGAGCUCAAACGGGAAGCUGAUACUCUGAAGGUCCGGGACGGCGAAGAAUUCGAUAAUACAUGUUGUUCAGAGAAAAGGAAGAAACUGUGGGACCUACUAGAGAAACCAGGCUCGUCUGUAGCAGCCAAG